UAGACUCUGCUAUAGGCAGGCUGUAGGCUCGUCUCUGGCGGAACGGGGACAACCAGCGGUUCCCUUUCGCCCUCCGUACUCGGUACGGCACCCAUUUAACUUGCCAGGAUCUCCAAAGUGGCGAUAAUCUAAUUGUUAAAAGUGUAUAAAAACGAAUUACUUCGAUAAUGUUAACCGUACAGAGGAACAAAAACAACACCGAGGCCACUGGCACAAUUGAAACUUUACUGCGCAUGGGCAACGACGAGACGGAAAUAGACAUCAAUGUGAAACUGUAACUCUGCGUUCCCCAUUUUGGAUUCACGUUACCUAGCAAACGAGUGGCGGGGCUGUACACGAGGCAUGACCGCGAAGCCCUUUGCCCCAGAGAAGGCACGGGAGAUUUUGGAGUCGCUGCAGCAGCCCGUGGUCUUCUUGGGCAUGGCCUCUGACUGGCUGGCGCUAGACUGGAGCGUAGAGCACCUGUCAGAAAUCCUGGAGCAAAAGCCAGUCCGAUUCCGCAUUGGCAAAACACAGGAAGAAAAAACUCCAGUGUUUGAGACUGAGUGCUCCUACAGGGAGGCCACACUGGGGGAGUUUUUGUCCUGGGCCACAGGGCAGAGUGAGGCCAGCGCCGGGCCCUUCCGUGACCUUCCCCUCUCAGACUGCUGGGCCUAUGCAGACUACAAGUACCUGGCCGUGCUGUUUGAGGACCGACCCGCUGUGUUUGAGGGCGUGGCGUGGUCGGAUUUUGGGUACCCCGGCCGAAACGGGCGAGAGAGCACCCUGUGGUUGGGCACGGCCGGCGCCAACACCCCGUGCCACCUGGACUCGUACGGGUGCAACCUGGUCCUGCAGGUGCAAGGCAGGAAGCGAUGGCACCUCUUCCCUCCGGACGACACGCGCUGCCUCUACCCCACCAGGAUCCCGUACGAAGAGUCCAGCGUCUUCAGCCGGGUCGACGUGGUGCGACCGGACCUCCAGCGCUUCCCCGAUUUCUCCGCGGCGAGAGCCCAUGUGGUCACUCUGGAGCCCGGACAGGUGCUCUUCGUCCCCAGACACUGGUGGCACUACGUGGAGUCUCUCGACCCACUGACCGUCAGCGUCAACUCCUGGAUCGAGAUGGAAGUAGAUGAUGAAGCACGGGUUGGGGAGGCUCUCACCAGGACGGUCGUCUGCGCCCUGAAAACCACGGCCAGCGCAGACAACGCCGACGACUGGCUGAACCCCACCGAGGGCGAGGUGACGUCACAUGACCAGAACCUGCAGUUCCUGAGCCUGGCCGUGUGGGCGUGUGCUGGGAAGCAGGGGGGCGUGGCAUUGCACAAAGCCCCGCCCACCGCCGCCGCCCGUCCCAGGAAGCGGGGCGCAGACGGGCUCCCCAAAAACGGAGCGGGCCGGGACCCUCCCGCCAGCGCCCCGUUUGGGGCCCACCUCGUCCCCGUACCCCCCAGCACCGAGCGGGGUCACCGGCCCAAACCCCCGCCCCCUUCCACAGACUGCGCCCCCCAGUCGCCCGGGGGAGGGGCGGGACCCACACCCCUCUCCACCAAUGACCUGCUGGAGUGCCUGGUUCAUCCCGAGGUCGUCGCCCUGGUGACCAAGCUUCUCAUGAGCAGAGGGAGCGGGCAAGGCUGUGUGUGAACGAGGACGUGAAAAAACCCACAGAUUCCAUCCCCCAUCCUGAUUUGUCUGAAACUUUUGUUUAAUAAACGAGUGAAAAAUCA